AUGGCCACAGCCGCCGACGAUGCAGUCGCCGUCGCCGUCGCCAACCCGCCCGUCCGCCUUUCGCUGCCUCUCGAAUUCCAGCAAGACAUAUUCCACGAACUGCGCGACGAAGACGUGCUGCUAGUGCUCGCGCGCGGACUGGGUCUGCUCCGCCUUGUCACGAACCUUCUACACAGCUACGAUGCCGCCGGCCACAAUCUCGUCAUCCUCGUCGGCGCAGAUGAUCGCGAGAAUGACUGGAUUGGCGAGUCGCUGGCAGAGCACGCGGCGGUCAGCGGCAGCCCAAAAUGUCGAGGCAUGCAGCUGGUCAACACCGACAUGACCAAUGUUGGGUCGAGAGAGAAGAUGUACAAGGGAGGAGGCAUAUGCAGCAUCACAAGUCGAAUUCUGAUUGUCGACUUCCUGUCUGGUCUCCUUGAUCCUGCGACUGUGACUGGCUUGGUGAUACUUCAUGCCGAUCGCGUUGCAGCCACGAGCUUGGAGGCGUUCAUCGUGCGAAUCUAUCGGCAGAAGAAUAAGAAAGGCUUCCUCAAAGCUUUUUCCGACCAGCCUGAACCUUUCACAACAGGCUACCAGCCUCUCACGAGUAUCCUGAGAAAUCUAUUCUUACGCAAGCCGAUUCUAUAUCCACGAUUCCAUGUCACAGUCGCAAAGAGCUUGGAGGGGAAGCGCAAGGCAGAAGUGAUAGAGCUGGAAGUGCCGAUGACAGAUGCUAUGCGGGACAUUCAGAAUGCUGUGCUGGAAUGCGUCGAGGUCAGUAUAUCAGAAUUGAAGAAGAUGAACACCGGCACGAUUGAGAUGGAAGACUGGAACCUAGAUUCCGCACUGCAUCGCUCAUUCGAUUCGAUAGUGCGAAGACAGCUAGAUCCGGUGUGGCACAGAGUCAGCUUCAGGACGAAGAUGAUUGUUCGAGACUUGACCAUGCUGAGAACCAUUCUCCAUUCGCUGUUGACUCUCAAUGCUGUCGAUUUCAACAAGUAUCUGGAUACCGUACUUGCUGCUUCAAGCCCGCCGCCGAACUCUUCAAGAAAAGAUGUCUCGCCUUGGCUGUUUUUGGAUGCGGCGCACACUCUAUUCGACUCUGCGAAGAGAAGAGUCUACACCGGCAAGAUUGCAGAUGGACCUAUUGCAACAGCCGAGCAAGAUGGGCUGCAUCCCGUUCUCGAGGAGCUUCCAAAGUGGGCACUCUUGGCAGAGAUCCUGGAAGAGAUCGAGAGAGACACAUACUUCAAUCCACGCCCGGAUGAUGAGUCAAGCGGUGCCAUUCUGAUCAUGUGCGCCGACCAGGGUACUUGCCGGCAGCUGCGAGAGUAUCUACAAACCAUGAGACAAGAAGCAGAGGAGGAUCGGCGAGCAAGAGAGGCAGAUGAGGUCGAUGAUGGAGAGUCGAAAGUCAGCGCUCGAUAUAUGAUGCGACGCAAGCUGCGAUACUACUUGCAAUGGAAACGGGACUUUGCAAAAGUCAGCAACAGUCUUUUCGCCGCGAAUGAGAAGGAGAUCGACGGCACUGCGAAGAAGCUGCAUGGACCACAGGCAAAUCGUGGUCGAGCACCGCCGAACAAGCGGAGACGAGUCAGAGGAGGGGGUGACGUUGGUGCUGGUCCAGGUCGGACGGCAAUGGGCGCAGUUGGAGUCGCAGGCGACAAAGACUCACACAUCCAGGCACUAAUCCAAGAUCUCGACAGGACGAACUUCACGGAGGAUAACACAGCAGCAAAAGUGGAUCUUGGCGCAGAUCCGCUCGAUGAUAUGGACGACUAUUACGAACUUUACGAUAUGAAAGACCUUGUGCUAAUACACCCUUACGACGGCGACAUGGACGACCAUCUGCUUGAGGAAAUUAAGCCAAGAUAUGUCAUCAUGUACGAGCCGGAUGCGGCAUUCAUCCGACGAAUAGAAGUGUACAGAAGUAGCCACAGCAACCGUCAAGUGCGUGUGUACUUCAUGUACUAUGGUGGUAGUGUAGAAGAGCAGCGCUACCUGUCCGCGGUACGAAGGGAGAAGGAUUCCUUUACGAGACUGAUCCGCGAGCGUGGAAACAUGGCCAUGACUUUCACCCACGAUUCUGACAACAUGGACCCUCAGGAAUCAUUCUUGCGCACAGUCAACACCAGAAUCGCUGGCGGUGGGCGAUUGACGGCCACUGCUGAACCCCCGCGCGUAGUCGUCGAUGUUCGAGAGUUCCGCAGCAGUUUGCCAUCACUCUGUCAUGGCCGCAACAUGGUCGUCAUCCCAUGUAUGCUGACAGUGGGCGACUACGUGCUUACGCCCGAUAUCUGCGUUGAGCGAAAGAGUAUCGGCGAUCUAAUCUCUUCCUUCAAUAAUGGCCGCCUUUACAACCAGGCCGAGACUAUGUUCCAGCACUACAAAUCUCCUAUGCUGCUGAUCGAGUUCGAUGCCCAGAAAGCCUUCACGCUCGAGCCUUUUGCCGACCUCACGUCUUCUGUCGGCAGCAAAGACAUGGUGGGCACAGAUCUACAGUCGAAGCUGGUCCUUUUGACACUGGCAUUUCCCAGGCUUCGCAUCAUCUGGUCAUCUUCGCCAUAUCAGACGGCAGAGAUCUUCGAAGAGCUCAAGAACAAGCAGGAUGAGCCAGAUCCCAUCAAGGCUGUGCAGACUGGCCUUGAGAAUGGAGAAGAUCCUGAGACAAGGACUUUUAGCCAGGUUCCGCAAGAUAUGCUGCGCUGUGUGCCGGGUGUUACCAGCAAAGCCCUCAAUAAGCUGAUACUGGAGUUUGAGAAUGUGCUUGACGUGGCGAAUGCGAGAGAGACUAUGCUCGCGGACUUGAUUGGGAAGGAGAACGCGAGACAGAUCAGAGCUUUCUUCGAUCGAAGUGUCUGGGAAGAUGGUGGCGCCGAGUGAGCUGUCACAGUCUUACUUCAUGCUCA